GGCUUAGGUGCCGCUGGCAAGUUCUGAAUUGUCACAGUGGAUAUAGACCUAAAGCUCACUUCAGGAGUAUCUGUAAACCAUAUGCAGAGGUUUUUGCUUCAUACAUAUUCAGUGCCACUUGGGCCCAUACAAUGACGUCUGUCCUGAGUUAACGUGCCUCAGAUAGUGCUAUCUAUCUGCUGAGGCCAUCUAACCCUGUCCAAGAGCUCCUGUCAAGACCCUCAGCUUCCAGAGAGGAAAAGGUGACAGCUUUAAAGGGACACUGAGAACAUUCACCUCCACCAUUUAACAAAGGCAUCCAAAUAGUACAGUGAAUAAAAAUGGCGCCUGCCGUUGGUGGUCCCCAAGGCUACACGCCACCUGAGGGUGGCUGGGGAUGGCUGGUGGUGGUUGGGGCCUUCAUUUCUAUUGGCUUCUCCUAUGCCUUCCCCAAGUCCAUCACUGUCUUUUUCAAAGAGAUUGAGGCAAUCUUCAAUGUGACCAGCAGCCAGGUGUCCUGGAUCUCCUCCAUCAUGUUGGCUGUCAUGUACGGCGGAGGUCCAAUCAGCAGCAUCCUGGUCAAUAAAUAUGGCAGUCGUCCUGUCAUGAUAGUGGGAGGACUCUUAUCUGGAUCAGGCCUCGUUGCUGCCUCUUUCUGCAAUUCUGUCCAAGCACUGUACAUCUGUAUUGGUGUGGUGGGAGGUUUGGGACUGUCUUUCAAUCUCAACCCUGCACUCACUAUGAUUGGAAGGUACUUCUACAAGAAGCGUCCCAUUGCUAAUGGAAUUGCCAUGGCCGGCAGUCCUGUCUUUCUUUCUACCCUUGCUCCUCUGAACACAUGGUUCUUUGACAAGUUUGGCUGGAGAGGGAGUUUCCUGAUCCUGGGUGGCCUGUUACUCAAUUGCUGUGUUGCCGGUUCUCUCAUGCGACCCAUAGGACCAAAACCCAAACCUGCAGAGAAAACCACAGAGAGGACGACUAUAUCGCAGAAAAUUAACAGCUUCAUUGACCUCUCUCUGUUCAAGCACCGAGGCUUUUUGCUCUAUCUCAUGGGUAAUGUUAUCAUGUUCUUUGGCCUCUUUACGCCACUGGUGUUCCUCAGCAAUUAUGCAAAGAGUAAAGACAUCCCUAAAGAGAAGGCAGCUUUCUUGCUGUCGGUGCUGGCGUUUGUUGACAUGGUUGCCCGGCCCUCCAUGGGCAUUGUGGCCAACACUAAGUGGGUCCGGCCCAGAGUACAGUUCUUCUUUGCCGCCUCUGUGCUGUACAAUGGUGUGUGCCACAUUUUUGCCCCCAUGUCAGUAAACUACACAGGCUUUGUGAUCUACGCCAUCUUUUUCGGCUUUGCCUUUGGCUGGCUGAGCUCAGUGCUGUUUGAGACAUUGAUGGACCUGGUCGGAGCUCAGCGCUUCUCAAGCGCUGUCGGACUGGUCACUAUAGUGGAGUGUGGUCCUGUAUUGUUGGGGCCUCCUUUACUUGGGAAGUUCAAAGACAUCUACCAUGAUUAUAAGUACACCUACCAGAGCUGUGGGAUCCUCCUCAUCAUAUCCAGCGUCUUCCUGUUUGUGGCAAUGGGAAUCAACCAUCGCCUGCUGCACAAAGAGAAAAAAGAAGAGGAGAGAAGGGCCAGGGUGGGAGGCAGAGAACCGAAAUACAGCAAGACCAGUGCUGCCAAGGAGGAGGCCAAGGCAGAAGACACUGUCUAGUUUUCUUUCCCAUUUAUAAGUUACAGUUUUGGGGUUACAUUUAAUGUUGUCUGAGAGAUAUAUAUCAGUGAAAGAACACUGAUGCUUGUGUCAAGAAGUACUG